AUGACAGAUACUGGAGAUGCGUUGGUCGGCGAUGCUUCGAAGGCUCGAAAGCGAGCAUUGGCCGAAUUACAGAAAGUUCACGAGGCGGCGGCACGCGAGAGGAAGACGAUUGACCUAGAUGCAGUUCGCCCUCUAAACCGACUGGCCCAGAAAAAUCGUUCGGCUGGGUUCAAUUUUCCGUCUGUUGGAUCUACGGUGAAUGGACUGAAUGUUACUGGGCCUAAGAUAAUUGGGCUUCAAAUUGAAGGUGAAGCUGUUGGCGGGUCAGAAUCGGGUGGGCUGAAGGCAAUUUUGUCCAAGGGGCUGCGGAUUGAAAGAAAUUUGAAUUUCAAUUAUGCUGAAAUUGGAACGUCAAUUGCUUCAGAAAGUUUGAAUGAAAUUGGGCCUGACGUUACGUCAAAUGAUUUGUGUCAAAUUGGGCCGCAAUUUGUUCCUGCCAAUUUGGUAGUCCAUGAUAAAAUUCAGCCAAACACAGCUCCUGGUCGGCUUCAAAUUGAAGGUGGUCAUGUUGAUGGAUCAGAUUUUGGUGGGCUGAAGGCUGAAUCGUCUAAGGGGCCGCGAAUUGAGAAUAAGGUGAAAUUGAAUUCUGCCGUAAUGGGACCGUCACUUGCUUCGGAAAUUCAAAAGGAAAUUGGGCCUAAGCUAAGUGGACUUCAAAUUGAAGUAAUAUUGAGAGACGUUUAUUAUGGCGUCGCAUUUGGGGGAUCUCCUAUUCAGGGUGAGAUGGAGGACUUUGAUCUGGCUAUUCGUGAUGCUGACUUAGUAGAGCCUCAGUGCAGGGAAACUGGUUUACUUGGACUAGGUGUCUCUCCGAUAGUGAGCCUCAUGAGAAAUCUUCAUCAUCUCAAGCCUAUCCUGCGAAGAUGGUUUGGUAGACACAUAAAGAGUCUGAGUGAGAAGGUACGCAAUGCUAAGGCAGCCAUGGAUAUAGCCCAGAGAGAGGUAGAACGUAAUCCUAUGUCGGAUGUUUUGAGUCACCAAGCAGGUCUUGCUACGGAGACUUUCUGGACAGCAGUUAUAUUGGAGGAAGCCUCGCUUCGGCAGAAAUCCAGAAUACGAUGGUUAAAGCUGGGUGAUCAGAAUACGACUUUUUUCCAUCGAUCAGUCCGCUCUCGUAUGAGUCGUAACACUCUACGUUCUCUAGUUGAUUCUGAUGGAACCAGGGUGUCUUCACAUGAUGGGGUGGCUCAGAUGGCAGUUAAUUAUUUUAGUAACAGUUUGGGAUCCCAGGUGAUUGGCUAUAGAGAAUUGUCCCCAUUCAUUGAUGAUAUUGUCCAGUUCGAGUGGUCUGAGGAGUGUUGUUUCUUUAAAGGUGCUUGGUCUGUGGUUGGGGAAGAUUUUUGUGAUGCGGUUCUACAUUUCUUUGAGACAUGUUACCUUCCAGUGGGAGUUAAUGCUACUACUAUCACCCUCAUUCCUAAACAUAAUGGGGCGGAGCGUUUGAAGGAUUUUCGUCCUAUUUCUUGUUGUAAUGUGUUAUGUAAAUGCAUUUCUAAAAUUCUAGCGGAUAGACUUCGUGUGUGGCUUCCUUCUUUUAUCAGUAGUAAUCAGUCUGCUUUUGUUCUUGGGAGGAGUAUUAUCGAGAACAUUCUGCUUUGUCAGGAACUGGUGGGUGGAUAUCAUCUUAACUCCGGUAAGCCUCGUUGUACUUUAAAAGUUGAUCUUCAAAAAGCAUAUGACUCUGUUAAUUGGGAUUUUCUGUUUGGUUUGCUGAUUGCUAUUGGUACUCCGUUGAAAUUUGUGAGUUGGAUUAGGGCCUGUGUUACAUCCACUAUGUUCUCUAUUAUGAUUAAUGGCUCGCUGAAGGGGUUUUUUCAUGGCAGGAAGGGUGUAAGACAAGGUGAUCCUCUAUCUCCCUUUCUCUUUGUGAUGGUGAUGGAAAUUCUGUCUCGUUUGUUCGCAAAUCCUAGGAAAAGCUCUAUUUUUGUUGCAGGAGUUAAUAAUGAGAAUGCUUCUCAUCUGGCUGCUUGUAUGGGUUUUGUCCGUGGAAAUCUCCCUGUUCGUUAUCUUGGCCUUCCUCUUUUGGCUGGUCGUUUAUGUUCUAAUGAUUAUGCUCCUCUGAUUCAUCGUAUAACUAGCAGGAUUCGUUCUUGGACCACUCGAGUUCUUUCGUUUGCAGGUAGACUGCAGCUUGUUCGUUUUGUGCUUCGUAGUCUGCAAGUGUACUGGGCUAGUGUGUUUGUUCUUCCUGCGUAUGUGCACCAUGAGGUGGACAAGAUUCUCAGAUCUUAUCUUUGGAGGGGUAAGGAGGAAGGUAGAGGAGGUAUUAAAGUGGCUUGGGUGGAUGUGUGUCUUCCCUUUGAGGAGGGCGGCCUUGGUAUUCGAGAUGGCCCUUCUUGGAAUAUUGCGAGUACUUUGAAGAUUUUGUGGCUUAUGUUGACUAAUUCGGGGUCUCUUUGGGUGGCUUGGGUGGAAGCUUAUAUAUUGAAAGGGAGGUCUGUGUGGGAUGUUGAUAGUAGAGUGGGUCGAUCUUGGUAUCUUCGGGCAAUCUUACGUAAGCGAGAGAAGCUGAAGCAUCUUGUUAGGAUGAAGGUGGGAAAUGGUAAUAGUUGUAGAGUUUGGCUUGAUUCGUGGUUGCCGGGAGGUGCCAUUUUGGAGCAGGUUGGGGAGAGAGUGAUGUAUGAUGCAGCUAGUCGGAGGGAGGCUAGACUCUCUGACUUUAUUGACCCUGAUGGAGAAUGGCUUUGGCCACGAGUUUCUUUGGAUUUAAUUGACUUAUGGGAGAGGGUUCAGGAGGUCAGUCCGUGUCUUAGUGUUAGUGAUAGUUGGGUAUGGGUUCCUGGUCAUCAGGGUGGUUUCUCUAUUGCAAGUGCAUGGGAAGCUGUUCGUCCUAGGGGUGGUCGGGUUUUAUGGGAUGGAUUAUUGUGGGGUGGGGGAAAUAUCCCAAAACAUUCCUUCUGUGCGUGGUUGGCUAUUAAAGAUAGGUUGGGUACUAGAGAUAGAUUGCAUAGGUGGGAUAGUUCAGUACUGUUGUCGUGCAUUCUAUGUCAGGGGGGAAUGGAGUCUCGCGAUCACUUAUUCUUUUCGUGUUCGUUUGGGGGGGAUGUUUGGUCUAGGGUUCUUCGGAUCAUGGCUUCCUCUCAUAGGAUUGGGCAUUGGGGGGUUGAGUUGUUUUGGAUUUGUCAUCAAGGUAUUGGGAAGGGUGUGAGGAGGAAGCUGUGGCGUGUUCUUUGGUGCGCAACUAUCUAUUUUAUUUGGAACGAGAGAAAUCAUCGGUUACAUGGUGGUCAGGCUCAUGAUCCUAUUGUCAUCUUCCAUCUUAUAUGUUCGUGGAUUCGUGCCCGUGCUGGAUCGUGGAGAGAGGAUGCUCAUCUACCUUUUUAA